CGGAAACUAAUCAGCGAUUUUGUCAUAAUAAUUAUUACGAGUCUCGUCUCUAUGUUCUUAUGGUCUUACCAGUUACCACCUUUUCUGAGCUACUUUCAAUGGGAGCUCGAAAUUUCCAGAACAUAUGCCGAAUAAAGCACUAAACGCAACCCGUGACGAACCCAUCCACGUGCAGACAAACCACACUCCCCUUUACGCAUCUCGAGAAACUUCUAUUUCAGAAAUUUGAAAGAGGGCAGUAGAAAUUGGACGAAUCCAGAAAUGAGAAAUCACUACAUUUAGGUUAACAAGUUCAAUUUUCGUGCUGAAGAGGGAUGGCGACAUUGGCGGACAUUGGAGUAUCGGCGUUCAUAAACACGGUGACGGCCAUAGCUUUCCUGCUUGCCUUUGCUCUGUUAAGGAUUCAGCCCAUCAAUGACAGGGUUUACUUCCCGAAGUGGUACAUUCUCAAAAAGCGGAGUGAGGAGGACCCCGGCGGCGAAGGUCACAAUUUCGUCAGAAAAUUCAUCAACCUCAAUCUCAGGACGUACCUGACUUUCCUCAACUGGAUGCCUCAGGCUCUGAAGAUGAAUGAGUCCGAUCUUAUAGGUCAUGCUGGUCUUGACUCUGCGGUCUUCUUGAGGAUUUAUACACUUGGUUUAAAGAUAUUUGGACCAACAGCCAUUGUAGCUCUCUUGGUUCUUAUUCCAGUUAAUACUUCAGAUGGAACUCUAUUCUUUCUCCGUAAGGACCUGGUCGUUAGUGAGAUUGACAAUUUGUCCAUAUCCAACAUUAGGCCCAAAUCGAUGAAAUUUUUUGUGCACAUAGCAAUGGAGUAUUUGUUCACAUUUUGGACCUGUUAUAUGCUGUACAAAGAAUAUGGCAGAGUGGCGUCAAUGAGAUUUAAUUUUCUGGCUUCUCAGGGCAGGCGAGUUGAACAGUUCACUGUACUAGUCAGAAAUAUACCACAUCAAGCUGGCCACUCGAUAUCAGAUAGAGUCGAGUCGUAUUUUAAAAAGACCAACCCGGAUCACUAUCUUUGCCACCAGGCUGUCUAUGAUGCGGGCAAAUUUGCCAAACUUGUCAGAAAACGAAAUAGGCUUAAGAAUUGGCUGGACUACUACCAGAUCAAGUUUGAAAGAAAUCCAGACAGGAGGCCAACCACUAAGAUAGGUUUCCUUGGACUAUUCGGUGCAAAGGUUGAUGCAAUUGACUACUAUAAUAAUCAAGUUAGAACGCUGGACAAAAGAUUGACAUUGAUGCGUGACAAGAUUUUGAAAGACCCAAAAUCCGUCACACCAGCUGCAUUUGUAUCAUUCAAUUCAACAUGGGCGGCUGCGGUUAGUGCUCAAACACCACAAAGCAAGAACCCCACAAUGUGGUUAACAAAUUGGGCCCCUGAACCUCGGGAUGUAUAUUGGAAGAAUCUUUCACUGUCAUUUCUUUCUCUAAGUCUACGGAGACUGAUAAUACCCAUAUCACUAUUUGCCUUGGUCUUCUUUUACAUGAUACCUAUAGCUUUUGUGCAAUCGUUGGCAAACUUGGAAGGUUUAGAAAAGGUUGCACCUUUCCUUAGGCCAUUAAUUGAAUGGAAGGCAAUCAAAUCUUUUCUACAGGGCUUCCUUCCUGGUCUAGCUCUUAAAGUCUUCUUGCUUGUUCUUCCAAAAAUUCUUAUGAUGAUGUCAAAAGUUGAGGGACACGUGGCAGUAUCUGUGCUUGAAAGGAGGACUGCAGCAAAGUAUUAUUAUUUUAUGUUGGUCAAUGUAUUUCUUGGGAGUAUUGUGACAGGAACGGCUUUCCAGCAACUCCAUGCUUUUCUACACCAAUCUGCCACACAAAUACCAAGAAACAUUGGAGUAUCAAUACCCAUGAAAGCUACCUUCUUUAUAACGUAUAUAAUGGUUGAUGGGUGGGCUGGGAUUGCCAGCGAGAUUCUCAGGUUGAAACCAUUGGUCAUUUUUCAUCUCAAGAACAUAUUCAUAGUGAAGACUGAACGGGAUAGAGAAAAGGCAAUGAACCCCGGGAGUGUAAAUUUGCACGAAACUCUCCCGACUCUUCAACUAUACUUUCUUCUGGGCAGUGUUUAUGCUGCAGUUACCCCAAUUCUUCUUCCUUUCAUACUAGUCUUCUUUGCCUUCGCAUACCUUGUAUACCGUCACCAGGUUAUCAAUGUGUACGAUCAGAAAUAUGAGAGUGCUGGUGCAUUUUGGCCAUUCGUUCAUGGUCGCAUAAUCGCAAGCUUAGUGAUAUCUCAACUUCUUUUGAUGGGUUUACUUAGUACAAAAAAAGCUGCCAAGUCAACUCCCUUGCUUUUUCUGUUGCCCAUUCUGACAUUAGCGUUUCACAAGUAUUGUAAGAACCGAUUUGAACCUGCCUUCAGAAAAUAUCCUCUUGAGGAAGCAAUUGAUAGGGAUGCACAAGAUCAUGUGUCUGAAUCUGAUACUGAAUUUAAAGCACAGCUGGCUGAUGCAUAUCUGCAUCCAAUUUUUCACUCAUUCACGGAAGUUGAUUUGGCCGAGGUUAACGAAAAAAUUAUCCGGAGUCCAUUUGAUGAGCACCUACAUCCCCACUCUCAAGCUCAUCAUUUCAAAGGUGGUCCAUUGCCGCUUUAAGAAGCUAUCACACAAUGUCCAAUGCCAUGAAGCUCAGACACAUAGUGAUGACGUUGUAUAUAAUGAGCAAUCUCAAAACGUCUAUCAUUGCGAUAUCGAACCAAACCAAUGUGGUAUACCCGUAAUUAUCUUGAUAUAGUUGAGGUUCUUUGCGGCGAGGGCGGUGGUGUGGUGUGGGGGUCGUAUGCAUCUGUGGUGUUAUAAGGAGUCAAUGUAAGUAGGGAAGUUGAAAAGUUUGGUUAAGAAGUGAUGGGCGUCCCAUUCUUGGGUUAACAUAUCGGUUCACAAAUUAGUUAUAGUUUUUUAUGGGUAUGUUUCCUGCCUUUGUUCUAAAUUUGUUAGGUGUUAGCUGGGUGCUCAAGUACUGUCUAGCCUACCUAAUAACAUAUGGUUACCUUGGUCUCAAUCCGGUUCUAGUUUAGUUCCAGACUGGCCGGUUCUGCAUGCAUAAAUGUAGUUGAUACCCAUGACUACACCUGGCUUUACCUAGUUUUGGACCGAUUUCGGGACUUUAGCCUGUUUUCGGGGGGGGGGGGGGGGGGGGGGGGGGGGGGGGGGGCUAGUCCAGUUUAGUCCUACUUAGAGGAGCUAGAACCAAGUUGGACUGGUGCUGGGUAUUAGUUUCUGUUGAGAACUGAAAUAUGGGCAAUGGGCCCGGACUUUUACCUCCAGAACCGGAGCUGGGCUACUUUGUUGUGGAUGAAUAGAUGUUAUACAACUCAUUUAUAUUGAUAUUUGAUAGUACCAAUAUUUGAUUUAUAUUAACUCAUGAUGAUUAUCCUACUUUCCUACAAGUGUUAUUGUACGGCGCUUCUCAAAUUUGAAUUUGGGCAACAACUGUC